AUGUCGUUUCGGCGCUCCGGCCUUGUGCUCAAAUCGUGCACUCGUCUCAACUCAACAGCACAAAACGCCAAAAAAGCCGACGCCAGUGCGUUGUACUUGAACCCACACAAAUGGGUCGGUUUACCUGCCGACAGAGUCUUUGAGCUCCACAACUUAAGAAAAACCAAUCUUGCCGAAAAGUAUGUUCCAAACAACGCUGAAAGAAGAGCUAUCUUGUCGACAGUCACCUCUUUGAAGGGCGGAGCCCCAAAGUUGGAGUAUGGAUACGAGAUCGACAACUUCAAGGAGCGAGUCAUGAACAACACCCCCUCGAACCUCAGAGGCCUUCCUCCUAAACUCAGCAACCAAAGAGUCUAUGACAGAGGUGAUCUGAUACACAAGGAGCGUCUGAAGCGCGAGACUCUCAGAACUGCUGCUUUCGAGAUGCCGCUUUUGGCCAAGUACCGCCAGGAGUACCGUCCAAAGGAGACUGCUCAAAACCCUCUCAAGCUCACAUUCCAGUCGGACUUCAGUGAUUCGCCAAAUGAGUUCAACUCUAAGGUCACUCUCUCUGUCAAGCUUGACGAUUUGAACCUCAAGCAAGAUCAACAGAAGAAAUUCAUCCUCUUAUCGGGCAAGAAGUUUGAUCAACACAGCCGUACCUUGGAAUUUUCCUCCAUCAGAUUUCCCGAGUCCACUCAAAACGCCCGCUGGUUGGUUGAGACUUUCAACAAGCUCUUGAAAGAGUCUAAGGAUUUGACAAAGAACGACUUCAAGGAUAUUCCUAUCAACACCAAGCAACACAAGCCAGUCAAGCCUGUGUAUGCAUUCCCUGAAAGCUGGAAGAGACCACAAGAUGCGCCAAUGGAGCGUCACAACGUUGUCCAGAACUACAUCCAGUCAUACAAAGAGAAGAAGGAGAGCGAGUACAUCAAGAGCAUUUCUCCAUGA